GUAAAGCCAACGUUACAUUCACCCCCUUGUGGGUGUCACCUGCCUGCACAUGAAAUCCAGCCCCCAGUGCACUAUUGAUUCUAGGUAGCUGGGGGCUGCAAAGCGGUGCGGCUGUAUGCAUUGAAGUUCAUCAUCUUGGGUGAUAAAAGGUGGAGGGUUUCCCUAGAGCAGUCGAUUAAAGCCUAUCCAACCUGCUAGACUUGGUUAGGUCCGGACAAAGAUUGCUCUCAGAAUGCAGCUUACCAAGUCCCUCUUGGUAUUCGCACUUUAUGUGCUUGGCACUCAGCAUGCGCUAGCAGUGCCUGUCAACCCCGAGCCUAACGCCACGAGAGUCGAAAAUGUCGCCCUUAAAACAGGAAGCGGUGAUAGCCAGAGCGACCCCAUAAAGGCGGACUUGGAGGUUAAAGGCCAGAGUGCUUUACCAUUUGACGUCGAUUGCUGGGCUAUCCUAUGCAAGGGCGCUCCCCAUGUCCUGCAGCGUGUGAACGAAAAGACAAAAAAUGGCAAUCGCGAUCGGAGCGGCGCAAACAAAGGGCCUUUCAAAGAUCCUCAGAAAUGGGGCAUCAAGGCCCUUCCACCUAAGAAUCCGUCUUGGAGCGCACAGGACUUCAAGUCACCUGAAGAAUACGCAUUCGCUUCUUCCCUUCAAGGCGGAACAAGUGCCAUCCUUGCACCCGUCAACCUCGCUGCUCAGAACUCCCAAGGCGGUGUUCUAAACGGCUUCUACUCAGCGAACAAAGUAACGCAAUUUGAUCCUAGUAAGCCCAAGGAGACCAAGGGUACAUGGUUUCAGAUCACUAAAUUCACUGGUGCGGUUGGUCCUUACUGUAAGGCUCUGGGGAGCAGUGAUAAGAGUGUUUGCGAUAAGAACAAGAAUGUUGCGGGGGACUGGGGCUUCGACCCGGCGAAAUGGGCAUAUCAGUAUGAUGAGAAAAACAACAAGUUCAACUAUGUUGGUAAGUAAUUAGUUCGCUUCUGUGAGAGGAGUAUGGUUGGAUGUACAGUGUGUGCUACUCGUUUGAGCCCUUGUACGCAAUUGGUAUGAGGAAACAUCUUUGCGAAACCUAAAGGUGUUGGAAAGACUCAGCAGAUGUCUGAGUACCCAUCCUACCCACAAACAAUUUACAUGACGCUU